AUGAUCACUGCUACCUCCGAGAAAGAUGCCAGUAGAUUUGUCAAGAAGUAUAAAACCCUCGAAGCUGCCCUCGACGCAUUUUACAACGAUCCUUCAUCGGCUAGUCUGAGUAAUGGAAGCGGAUCUAACAAAGGUCAAGAAAAGAAAUUGGGUGAAAUAUGGGAGAAAUACAAAGACUCGUCUGAUCCUAAAUUGGUGAAGAUCGACGGAACAUUAGCAAUCUGUGAAGAGAUUGGGGUGGAUCCAUCAAGUGACCCCGUAUUAUUCUGUCUAGCCGCCGAUUUAGGAUCCAAGGUGACUGGUGAAUGGGAGAAAGAACCUUUUGUUAAAGGUAUCGCAUCAUAUCCUGGAAACAUCGAUUCCCUCUCAUCACUGAAGAAUUACCUCCCUGCACUUCGUAAGAAGUUGAACACCGAUCCUACGUAUUUCAAGAAGGUUUAUAUGCAUGCGUUCACUUUGGCCAAAGGACAAGAUUUCGGUGCUAGGACAUUACAGCUUGAUACUGCCCUAGACUUAUGGACUCUCUUCAUUCCCCCUGCCUUAUCCUCCAACCCAUCCGCCCUAGCCCGUUCAUCCGACAAUCGUUCACCGGAAUUUACCGAGGAAGAAUUCGACCUCUGGAUAGAAUUCAUGAAGAAAAAGGGAAAAGCAGUCAGUAAAGAUACGUGGAGCCUGUUGGUGGAUUUCAUAAGGACGAUUGAUAAAGAUUUUAAAGAUUAUGAUGAUGAAGGUGCAUGGCCAUCAACAAUAGACGAUUAUGUAGAUUUCGUGAGGACUAGACGUACCUCGAAAUAA